GAAAAUCAAACUCUGCCUGAAUCUUUGUGGAUCAAAGUUCACCAUCAACCCAUAUCAAAGUAUGGCAAAUGUUUUCGCUGUUGUCAUUUUGGCUUGAUGCGGUGGAAGCAGAACAACAACAUCAAACUCUUUUACAAGUUACUAAACUUCUCCCGACAGGGCCCAGCUGAGGAUAUAAAAGUCCCAAGCUGAAGCUGGGAAAUCAGUCUCGUCUGAGUACUCGCCAAUACCAAGGGAGAGAGCUUCAACGAACCCAUCAUGGGGGACUCAAAGCUCUGCCUUUUGCUGCUCCUCAGCAUGUCUGCCUUGGCUUUUGCCCAAGAUGACGAUCAACCAUCCUGCCCACUGGCCCAGAGGUACAAGACCCUACACAAGUAUGAAUACCAAUAUGAAGCCGAAUCUCUGAAUGCCAUCAACGGAGCCUCGCAGCUCAAGAACGGACCCAAGGGCGCUUGCACGGUUGUAAUUGAAGUACCUCAGACUUGUAGUUUCAUCGUUCGCACCACUGGCUGUAGCCUGAGUGAGGUGGUCGACAUGGACGCAGAUGGCAACCCUGUGUUUGGUCCUGCACCAACCUCUGAUGCCUUUGCUGCUGAAAUGGAGAAGUAUCCUCUGAAGGUUGUGGUUGAGGGUAUGUACGAUGUGAAGCUGUACCCCGAGGACGGUGAGACAACAACUAUCCUAAACAUCAAGAGGGGCAUCAUCUCUGCCCUCGCUGUGCCUCUGCUGGAAGAAGACAAGAACAAGCACAUGCCAACCAUCCAUGGCAAGUGCAGGACCUAUUCCACCGUUAAUGCCAGACAGGAUAUUGCAACUGACAUCAGCCUCACAAGGGACCUGUCCAGAUGCAGCAAAUUUGUCCCAAUCAGAGAUGACACCAGCCCACUGGCACUCAUUUCUGGCAUGCACUACCCUCUUGCUCAGCUGGUCAGGAGCUCCCAGACCUGCAACUACAAGUUUGACAAUGAGAAGAAACACAUGACCUCUGGGUCCUGCACUGAGAACCACAUCCUCAUUCCCUUCUCUCACAAGGGAAAAUAUGGAGUUACCAACGUUGGAAAGCAAGAACUGACUCUGGUUGAGGUCUCUCCUCACAAUGAAAGAGUUUUUGACCACAGUGACACUGUCCAGGGUCUUCACAUGGAAGUUGUCAAGGACAAGAGUGCUGUCCAGGACAAGGACGCAGCUCUGAACCUCCUGAGAGAACUGGCCAAUCUGCCCGAGACCGAGGGUGAUAGGAGGGCCCACCUCUUCCACAAGCUUGUCACUAUGGUCCAUGGAAUGAAGACUGAGACCCUGAGUCCCGCCAUUCCAGAGGCUCUUGCAGUGUCCCGAGUCCUGACCUACCAGGUUCUGGUGCAGUGUGGAACCCCUGAGUGCAGCAGUGCCAUCAUGCAGAUCCUCAGGACUUUUGACACCUCCUCACUUGAAGUGGAUGCCAGUGUUUUUGCUUUGGGACUCGUGUCCAAUCCCUCUGACCUCCUGAUCAAUGACAUGCUUGAGAUGGCCAAAUACAAGCCCAGCAAGCCCAUCAUGUAUGCCCUGAGCAAUGUUGUCAAGAGGUUUUACAAAGCUGAGGGAAAACUGAUCCCUGAGAUCUUCUCAGUUGCUGAGUUCAUGGCUGCCCAGUUGGGUGACUGCUCUGGUGACAUGGAAAACACUUUCAUGACAUUGAGAGUUAUUGGCAACAUGGCUCCAGCUCUGGUAUCUGCUGGUCCUGCACUCAGAUCUGCUGUGAUCCAGUGUGUCAACCAACCUGCUGCUUCCCCAGCUGUGCAGCAGGCUGCCAUCCAAGUGUUCAGGCUGACUCCCGUCCCAGAGGAGGGCAGAGAGGUUCUCAUGCAGGUGCUUUUGGACAGCGCUAGCCCCAUGCAAAAGCGUAUUGCUGCAUAUCUGGUGCUUAUGAAGGACCCCCAGCCCACUGAGCUGGCCCAGCUGGCUGAUGCCUUGCCCAAGGAGCAGGACAAACAAGUCAAAAGCUUCGUGAUCUCCCACAUCACCAACAUUUUGUCCUCAACUGAGCCAGAGACCCAAGAACUGAGACAGAAGAUUCUUGAUGCCCUGCAGGGUAAUGAGAUCGGAUCCACCAUGGACCCCACCAAGUUCUCUCGCAACUACAAAAUGGGAUCUGUGGAGGGCAACAUGAUCUUUGAGGGUACCAGCUACCUGCCCAAGGAGCUCAUGCUUGAAAUGACUCUGAAGGCAUUUGGCUUUGACAUCGACAUGAUGGAGAUUGGUAUGGAGGGAAAGGGAUUUGAGCCAACUGUUGAGGCCCUGUUUGGAAAGAAUGGCUUCUUCCCCGACACUGCCCUGAAGACAAUGUACUUUGUCUCUGACAACAUGCCAGUCAGAGUCAGUGAGAUCCUGCAGAACAUUCUCCCUGCUCUGAAGAACAACAGGAUGAAGAGACAGGCCUCACAAAACUUGAUGAGGGAGGUCGGACGCAACCUCAACAAACUGGUCAGGGACAUGAAGAUGGCAGAGUCUCCAGAGGCAAUGGUUUACAUGAAGCUUUUCGGAAAUGAGCUGGGAUAUCUGAAGACCAACGAAAUGGAGGAGAUGGCGUACUCUGCUGCCAUGAUGAUUGACAGCAUGUUCAAGAUGUUCCCAACUGAUAUCAUGAAGGCACUGAUGACCAAGGCUGACAACACAAUCUUUGCCCACUACAUCUUCAUGGACAAUGAAUUCUUCCUGCCCACUCUCACUGGUGUGCCUCUGAGGAUUGAACUGUCUGGUGCUUUCACCCCUGGCAUCAAGGGAGGACUUCAGAUUGCUUCAGACAUGAGUGAGGUGACUUUCAUGCCUUCCGCUGGCAUUGAGUUUGUAACUCAUGUUGGCGUCCACAUCCCUGAAUAUGUCAACUCUGGAUUAGAGAUGCACACCAACUUCUUCCAUGAAAGUGGGCUCAGUGCCAAGAUGUCCAUGGAACCUGGCAAUAUCAAGCUGACCAUCCCUGCUCCAGUGAAUCCUAUGAAAGUCGUCGAAAUGACAAACACCCUGUGGGCAGUGACUGGAUCAGAGAUGAAGACCAUCCCCUCUAUGCUGAUGGACAAGGUUGAUGUCAGCGAGUGCACUCCCUUCUUUGCUGGAAUGAAAUACUGCACUGCUCUGCAGUACACUGAUGCUUUCUCUCAGGAGACAGCCCCCUACUUCCCCUUCACCGGGGACAGCAAAUUCGCUGUGGAGCUCCACCCUACUGGUGAAGUCACUGAGUACACAGCCACUGUUGCCUACGAGCUCCUCAAGGAAGGAGAAGAGGGCCGGCAGAAGGUUGACUCUGUGAAGUUUGUUCUGAGGGCUGAAGGCACAGCACCCACUGAAGCCAGAGCAAUCAUGAAAUAUAACAGAAGGAAGAGCAUCAUCACAGCUGACAUCCAGAUUCCUGACUAUGAUGUGGAGGCUGGACUCAGGCUGGGUGUUGUUGAUGGAAACACCAAGGGAAAAGGAACUCACUCCAUUUCUCUUGACUUGAUAAACAAGAACAUCCCUCAGCUCUCCCUGGUUGGCCGUGCCAAUCUGAAGGAAAUGAAGGAAGGUAUGCUGCAAGUCCAACUUCUUGUCCCCUCAAUCAAUGCUGAUGCCACUGUCACUGCUAACAUGAAGCGCGAUGAAGAAUUGGAAUUGGAGCUCAAGAAUGAAAUCAAAGUCAUGGCUGCCAGCUCUGAGCAGACAAUCAAAAUGAAAUAUGAUGCCAGCAAGUUUGAGGUUGAGUUCAAGUCUGAUGUACACGCUGAGCCACACAGUACGCCAUAUGCUGAUAUGAUUUAUAACUAUGGCGACAAACUUAUUGACAUGCAGGUGGGACAGACUGACAUGAAAGUCCGUCACAUCUUUAAGAAGUUUGGAGAGGCAGCAAACAACUACAUGGAAAAGUAUGGCGCAGACAUGCCUUACAUUCGGGACUUCAGAGUGCCGGAUAUGCCUGAGAUUUCCCUGCCAGAGACACUGUUCCUGAAUAAUGAGGCAAAGGCUGUCUACUACUUCAACAAUGAGCGCUUCACCAUUACUAUCCCUCUCCUUCUUGGAGGAAAGUCAACAGAGGAUCUUAACUUCCCACCAGUUUUGACCACACCUAGCCUGUCUCUACCCCAGUUUGGACUGGAGAUCGCCUCCAUGGAAAUUCCAAUCCCAGAGCUUGUUGUUCCUGAGGACAUUACACUGUCCAUUCCUCUUUUUGGCAAAGCUGAGGUUUCAACUCUGAUGAAGAGCAACCUAUAUGACAUGGAGGCCUCAAUGGCUGCAGGCAAAGAUGUUGUGGAGACUCCAAGCUACUCAGCUAAGUUUGAUGUGAAAGGAACCUCUCCAGUUGACAUCCUCUCAAUAAAGAUUGCAGGCUCUGGAAUGUUGGCCACCACUGAUUCCAUCAAGGCCGAGUUGAAAAGCUCUUUGACUCAUAAAUUCCUUGCAGCCAGUAUUAGUAUUGUUGAGGAUGCAACCAUCACAGACAAAAUCAAUUUGAAAUCAAGCAGCAAGAUUGAAGCCAAUAGCCCACUGGGUCUCAGUAUGGCACUUGAGCACACUGGCAUGACUGGAUUCAACACUGAAGAAAUCUCUGCUGACAGCAGCUUUGACGGAAUGUUCAAGGCUGGACCCAUGUAUGGCAAGACCACUUCAACUCAGGUGUUUGCCGUCUACCCAUUCAGGCCAGAGGCAACGAUUGACUCCACUGUUAAGGUUGACUCCACCAUUGUUAAUGCCCAGAACACAAUUGCAGCAAACCUGGCCAAUGGUGAAUUCUCACUUGUGUCUAACACCAAUGCCUUUGAAGACACCUUGACCCAUGUUGCCGAGCUUUCCUUCAAAGACAGCAAGCUGUCAAUGAAAUGUGACGCUAAUGCUCUUGCUCUUGGCAUGACGAUCCGCAACCAGGCUGAAGCCUCUGCUGGUGCUGGUGAAGUUGUCAUGAGAAUGGAGACGAACGCAGACCACUCUGAAAACCGUGUUUACUCUCUGCUGACUGCCUCUCUUGAUGUCAAUGGUCUGGCUGUAAACAGUGAUGCCACAAUGAAGCUCCUUGAGAAUGAGGCUACUCACAAGGCUACUCUGAAAAUGAACAAGGAUGGUUUGACCACAAGUGGAACAACCACCCUCCAGAGCCCCCUGUUCCUGGAAAACACCUUCAAUGGUGGGCUUGAUGCUUCAAAGGCUACUCUAUCCAUUACCAACAAGGCUGCAAUGCGCGACACAAAGGUCGAUAAUGCCAACACUCUGACCAUCACUCUCUCUAGUCUUGACUUCAACUCAAAGGCUGAAGCCACUGUCAGUGAGUAUUCCUCCUACACUCAUGAUAUCACCAUUGACCUGAAACCCUACACUGCCUCUGUUAAUGUUCAAAACAACCUGAAACUUCUGGAGGCCAACUUCAAUAAUGAGGCUCAGCUGCAGGCAGAGCUUUACAAAAUGGACCUGACUGGAAGCAUGAAAGCAACCUAUGGUGAGGAAGAGUUCAAGCACACCUAUCAGGUAAAUUAUGUGGACAUGACUGGUAACGCAAAGUGUAGCACCACUGGAAAACUCUUUGGAACCCACAUGAGCCAAAACACUGAGCUUGAAGUUAUUGGUCUUGCUGCCAUGAUCACCAAUGAUGCCCGCUUCAACUCCCAGCCAAUGCGCUUUGACCACACCAUCCGUUGCAGCAUUGUUCCUUUUGACUUCAACCUUGAUGCCAUUUUCAAUGCUGAUGGAGACAUGACCAUGUAUGGAAAGCACAGUGCACAGCUCUAUGGCAAGUUCCUCCUUAAAGCACAACCCCUGGCUUUUACUAGCUCACAUGAAUGCAGAGUGUCAGUAAACCAGCAGCUAGAUUCCGGUUUUGCCCUUGAGACCACAUUUGAUAACAAGAUGGACACUGUUCUGUCACUCCAGGAGCAGAAGGCCAGUUUAAGAAUGAAGUCUAAAAUGAAUGAGCAUGCCAUUAAUCAGGACAUGAGUGUUUACAACACUGCUGAGAGAGCUGGAAUUGAGGUUUCUGGCACCUUCCUCACAAACAUGCUUAAUGCAGACUCCACGGAGACCCAAGAGUUCACCAUGUCUUCCUUCCUCAAGUAUGAUAAGAACACAUGUAGUCAAAUAAUUCAGCUCCCUCUACUUGAAAAUCUGCCUGCUUUCUUGGAAAGCAUCAAGGGCAUUGUUGUGCGUGUUGCAGAGGCACUGCAAGACUACAUCAACAAUGACGUGAUAAGGGCUAAACUUGAGGCUCUUCCCGAGCUUGUAAGUGACUUUAUUUCUCAACUGCAUAUAGAAGACAAGGCUGUUCAGCUGAAGCAGUAUUUCACUGAUUUUACCCAAGAAUAUGUCAUCUCCAUGGAGGAUGUGGAAGCCUCUUUGACUAAUCUGAAGGUUUCUGUUACGAAACUGUUGGCUGAUCUCACGGUUUAUAUCGAAAACUUUGCUGUAAUGAUGAAGGAGAUUAUUUUAAGUGGCACACUCCCUGAAACCCUCAUGCAGAACAUCCAGGAACAGAUGAAUGCAAUUAAUGAGGAGUAUGACAUCAAGGGUACUGUUGUGUAUGUGAUUGAUACCAUGAGGGAGAUGAUCCAGCAGUUCGACCUGGAAAAACUGAAGGGCAGCAGCAUCGCAUUCCUGUGUGAUAUUGAUUCCAAGUUUGAAGUCAAGGCUAAACUCCAAGAGAUCCUAAUUAAUAUGAAAGAAGUAAUUGAAAAAUUUGACAUGCAGACAUUUGUAACUGACCUAAAGGAGUGCAUUUCAUCCCUCCAAGAUUUCAUCAUGUACCAAGUGAAAAGGAUUCCCGCAGAGAUUCUUCGCGAUUUAACAGAUACCAUUAGAGAUAUGAUUCAGGACCUUGACAUUGUAAGUAAGAUCAACACAUUCUAUGCCAAACUGAGAGAGUUGAUUGUAAAGUUUGAGGCUGACAAAAUGGUUCAGGCUGUCUUGGAAAAGGCUGUUGAUCUCAUCAAGCAGUUUAGAAUUGAGGAAACUAUUAGGGAUGUGGCCAAAAUGGUGAAGGAUGCGGACAUUCUUACCAAAUUCAUGCAAGUCUUCCAGAAUGCUAUUGACUAUUUGAAAACAACUGAGGUGAAGGACAUAAUUAAAGAGCUGAAUAUGUACAUUGAAACAAUUGUGCAAAAGCUUAAGUCUUUGGAUUAUAAUGACUUUGUGGAAACUGCCAAUCAAGUUAUUGCAGAGUACACAGUUAAGGCGAAUGAGCUGAUCAGGACUCUUGAAAUCCCCCAGAAACUUGAGGCAACAAGAGAUUUUGUCAACCUUGUCUUCGCCUCUUUUAGAGGUUUUAUGGAAAGUCUGAAAGACAUCAAAGUGGCAGAAAUGAUUAAAUCUGUAAAGGAUUUCAUUGAUCAUGGUGUGCUUGACAACCUUAAGGGAUUUGCAGAAUAUAUAAAAGAUAAAAUUACAAAUCUGGAUAUCACAGCUGAGAUUACCUCUUAUCUGGACUUUGUGAGCAAAUUUUACAAACAGAUUAUUACCUCUGUCAAAAAGAUGUUCACCAGGAUGGUUAAGACAAUUAAGGAAGUGGCACCUGAGCAAAAGAUCAUCAGCGAGAUUCAGCAGAUCAUUGAAGGGCUCCUUACUGAACUUAAAAAGGCUGAGUUGAACACACCAUCCUUCUUCAUUCCUUUCACUGAUCUUGCUGUACCUUCAGUGAAAUUCAGCAUGGACAAGCUUGACCAGUUUGAAAUCCCAACACAGCUUGACAUCCCUGACUUCACCAUCAUGGGCUCCUACACUGUGCAGGCCACAUCAAUUUCACUUGAUGACAUCAAGCAGAGAAUCAUUGCACUUAUUGAUUUCAUUGCACACUUUGAGAUAAAUUUGCCUGAUAUGGAUGCUUUCUUUGGAGAACUGACCAUGAACUACCUUCCUUCCAUGCCUGAGAUAACCCUUCCAGAAAUCUCUCUUCCUGAGAUCUCAUUCCCUACCAUCCCACAAGUUCCUGUAGAAAAGCUUGUCAAGUCUCUUCAGCUUCCUGAGAUCACACUGCCUACUAUUCCAGAUCAGUUUAUGGUCCCAUGCUUUGGUAAACUCUAUGCCGAGAUCAAAUUCCAAUCUCCCAUCUACACCAUCAAGACUUCUGCUGAGUUCCAGAACUCCACUGAGAGUGAAAUGACACCUCAAUUCACUGGAUUCCUCACUUCCCAGGCCACAUCUCCAAGUGCUGAUGUUCUUAAUUACAAACUUGACGCCACAGCUCGCAUUGCAAUCCCAAAAAUGAGUCGCAUUGUCCUUGCAGAGACUGUUAAAUUCAGCAAUCUUGCUCUUGGAGUUGAACAUCAGGCAUCUGUAACUCUCUAUGGUCUAUCAGCACAGGCCCAAGCGAAAUCUACAAUUAAGGUUAUCACUACACCUUACACUGCUGAUUUUAUGAACACAGCCUUUAUUGCAAUCGAGGAAGGAAUGACUGGCUCUCUUGAAACAACUUACCAACAUGAAGUAGACCUCCCAUUUUUCAGUGUCAAGAGUGUGGCCACUGCAACCCAGAAAGCAAUUGCUCGCCAAGAUGGCUACACCUUCACUCUGUCAGUUGACAAUACAGGCACUGGCAAGUUUAAUGCUGACGAUGGCACCCACAAGAGCAACUUGCAACUGACACUCACUCCCAGCACUGGUAAACUAACUUUCUCUGGUGACACAGACUCUAGCCUCUUCAAGAUGAAACAGCAAAUUACUGCUGAAUCUGCCACAUUUUCGUACUUCAAGUUUAAUAUCCGCAAUGAGGCAGAGGCACCAGUCAUUAAGAACAGUCUUUGGGUGGCAUCUGGAAAUGCCAACCUUUAUGAUAUGAAAGCUGAGCUGAGGGCAAACCAUGACACAGAGCUUUAUGGUGCAGUCAGUGGAGUCCUGUCCAAUGGAAUCCACGUUGUUGUCCGUCCUGUUGAGUUUGUCUUUGAAUUCCAAAACAAAGGAAAUGCUAAGGUCAACAUUUUUGAAAGUCUGACUGCUAAGAUAGAUCUGCAGAAUGACUACUCAGCCAUCUUCAACCCCAACAGCCAACAGAUGAACACAGUAACUUUGGCUCGUCUUAAUCAGUACAAAAUGUUCUACAACUUCACUGUUAACAAUAAUGAAAAUCAGGCUGGCAUCUUUGUUGACAUGGACGGUGAGGCCAAUCUUGACUUCCUGACAUCCCCCAUCAGCAUUCCUGAGAUUGAUCUGCCUUUUAUCAAUUACAAUACUCCAGCUAUCAGCGAUCUGAACCUGUAUGAGCAGAUUGGAUUAAAGGACAUUCUGACCACUACUGAGCAGUCUGUGGAUGUGCACGGCAAGUUUGUUUACCAGAAAAGCCAGGCUGCCCCACUUGUUGAUAUGAUGGGUCUGAUCCAGAUUCCCUCUAUGGGCAACCUAAUUACAGAGCUGUCCGUCAAGUCUGCCAUCAUUAAUCUGAAUGUCAAUGCUGGUUUCUAUGCUGAGGAUGAUCUUGUGUUCCGUCUGGGAGCUACCACAGCCUCUGUGUUUGAGGGUCUACAAGCUAAACUUGAUGGCACCACCAGUCUCACCACCAAGAGGGGAAUCAAGUUGGCCAAUUCCCUGUCCCUUGAAAAUCGUCACAUCGAAGGCACUCAUGACAGCACCAUCAGCGUGAGUACUGAGACAUUUGAAACUGCAGCCACUGUGGCUACUGUUGCAAAGAUUAACCUUCCAAUACUCAGCCUGGAGGCAAACCAAAAUUUGGUUGUAGACACCAAAACCAAAGCAAAUGCUGUCUCAACUUUGAAGAUGAACGGUGAUUUCAACAUCCCUUUGAUCAGGGCUAUUGGAAAGGCCGAAGCAGACCACAGUCUGAAGCUGGAGGGAACCUUUGAGUAUGUGUCUAUGGAGUCAGUAACUAAGGCUAACAUGGAUGGCACAGUGCUUGAAGACUACCUCCUUUCGGGAGUCCUGGAUAAUGAUGUUAAUCUGUACCUGAAUAAUGAUGGCCUUCGCUCCACCUCAAAGGUUAUUGCCGAUGCCAAGCUUAAUCUAGGCCCCACCAAAGUCAUUGGUAUGGAUGUAAAUGAGAAUCUUGCUGUUGAAGCCUCCCUGAGCCGUGUGUAUGCAGUGCUGAAGUAUACUGUCAACAAUGAAGCAAACUUGUUUGAGUUUAACACCAAGGGGAAGCAUGUUGCCCAGGCUACCAUUGAUCUUGCACCAAUCUCUUCCUUGGUUGCUGAUAUCGAGAUUGAUGUGUCUCAGCCAAGCAGCCUGGGUGACCUCACCAUCUUUGAGAAAAUUGCAGCUGAGGUUACAGCCACCAAGCAGAAGAUCUCUAGCAACAGCAAGUUUGUCAGCCCACUGUACACCACAAACAUUGUAGCUGAAGUAGAGGGCGAUGCUCCAGUCUUCAAAGUCACCUUCAAGUCCUCUGCCACCUCUGUCAUUGUCUUCUUGGAAUAUGACAUGGACGCUUCUACUACUGUGAACUUUGAGAAUGAGGCUCUGAACAUGGUCGGCAAAGUUGGCCUGACACACACUGACUUGACCAUGGACGUCAAUCAUAUCAUCACCCUACCCUUGAGGAUAGAGCCCCAGACUGAUGACAGUUACUCUCGCCACACCCUGAAUGUGGACAUCACCAGUCCUACUUUCACCAAUGCGAACCUUCGUUAUACUGCUCGCACAGAUGGUGUCAGUGCCUCAGUAUCUACCCCAUCCACUGGCUUCCUGGGCCUUCAGUUCAGUGGCAAAGUCCCAUCUAUGACUGCAAGAGUCUAUGGUCGUUAUCCUUCUGCCCCAGAGGUUGAUGUUGAAUUCUUGGUCAUCAGAUCAUCUUCUAAGGAUGCUGAUAAGAUGAACCUGCAGAUUGCCUACAACAUGGAGGCACCCAAAGUAAUGCUCACUGAACUCAAGACGAGACUCCCUUCCAUCAUCUCAACUUUCACAACGUUUGCUGACAAGUACGAGAUCACAGGGAAAAUGGUGGAGUUGAAGAACUCUGUUGUUGACCGCAUCAGCGAGGCCUACAAUGCUGCAAUCAACUAUGACACUCAAAUGAGCCAACUGUCAAUCUUCUUCAGGAACAUCAUUGUCCAGUACCAGAAGACUGUCCAGGUAGUUCUGGAUGCUGUUGUGAAGGUCUUAAGGGAAACCCAGUUCAAACUGCCUGGGUCUGAUGAGAUGACCACUCUCCCCGAGGUCCUCAAAAAGCUGACCACCAGCAUUGCUGCUAUGCUAGAUACGACCCUCCAGGCUAUCUAUGACAACAUGGAGGUUUCCUAUAACUCCUUUGUUGAAAUGAUCAGCAGUGUAAAAUUGCGCAUGCCGGUAGGUGAUGCAAUCACUGGAGGCCAGAUCUGGGAUCAGGUCAGAACAACUUUCAAGAGCAUCUUUGAUGAACUAGUGGACUUUGUGAGAAAUAUGGAGAGUCUUGACACAAUGCUAGUGAAGAUGGGUGAGACCCUGAAGGCUAUUGUUGAGAAAUCUCAGGAGUUUGUUGACUCUAUCAAGUCUGACUAUUUAGAUGCAGUGUUUGUCAACAUCAAUAACCUGUAUCUUAGCUUUGUCACAGUCUUAAAGAAUGGUGUUGACCAGAUCUCUGCCCUAAAUAUGGAGCAGUUCAACAGUUCAUUUGAGUACAUUAUGGACAUGCUCAUUUAUGUCGUGGAGCAGAUGAAUAACACCGUGUAUGGUUUCCUGCAGCAAGCUUCAGAUGAGGUCCAUAUGAAAGUUAGUGAUGGAAGGCUUGAGAUUGACCUUCCAUUUCCCUUCCAGCAGUGAGUAAUCCUCACAGACUGAGGCCUAAGUCCAUAUGAAACACUACCAUCUGUUUAAUACAUAUGCUUGGAAGGAGUAUGGACAAUAUCCUCGUUAACCAUAUUUAUAACAAUAAAUUCAACAGAAACACCUGUUGUAUCAUUUCCAUUUAGAUGGUCUAUUGUGUACAAACACUGAAAAUGUAACAUUUUACUGAAACUCACCUUCCUGCGAAGAGUGAAAAACAUCAAUAAAAUACAUUAAUGCAA